AUAGAUUCCAUGCCAUAUUUUCUGCGAAUCAUUUUUGUGGGCGUGUUGUGCUGACCGAGGAAUACUCCUUGUAUAAACUCGCUUGACGGAGUUUGCUUACAGUCAAAACUGAAACAGCGUACUGUGUAAGUUAGAUAUAGUACUGGUAAACGUUAGACUGCUUAUUAAUCGAGACACAUGGAAAAACAAAACUCAUCUGCCAUACUGCUCCUUAAGCAGGCCACAACGCUUAACAUCCAUACCGGGAACCUGGUCAACUGGAGCCGCCUGAAGAAAAAAUGCCCUUCUUCGACCAGCGAGGAGCUACAGGGCUGCAUUGGACAAACCCUGAGUGAAUGGUGUACUAAGAUUGCCCCUACCCUGGAAAAGGAGGCUCCAAGCACACUGGAAUGCACAGUAACCCAGGCAACAGAGGCCAUCACUCCGGAGGAAAGGGAAGAAUUGAAAGUUUCUGUGAAGUUGUUUCUCAGUGGAUCGGACCCCUCGUCCAUCAGAACUGCAGUAGAUCUGGCUUGUUCAACACUCGGACUGUCUCAGCUGGACUCUGUGAUGAUCGCGCCCCCUCCUCUACCAGAGGGAGUCAGCCUGACCCUGGAACACCUGCAGCCUCAUUGGGAGGAGCUGGAGAACCUACUUCAGAGCCACAAGAUAGCAGCCAUCGGCACUUCUGAUUUAGACAAGCCGCUACUGGAGCAGCUGUACAAGUGGGCACAGGUAAAGCCCAGCAGUAACCAGGUGAAUCUGGCUUCCUGCUGUGUGAUGCCACCAGACCUCACUGCCUUUGCCAAGGAGUAUGAUAUACAGUUGCUGACCCACAAUGACUCCAAAGAUCUCCUCACUGAGACGAGCUUCCAGGAGUCUGUCAGCGAGGGUGUUAAGGAUGCCGUGGUAGCGGAUUGGUCACUGGAGUGGGUUCUUCGCUACUCUAUCAUUGUCAAAAGCCGAGGCAUUAUCAAAUCCAAGGGCUAUCUUGUUCAAGCUAAAAGAAUUGGCUCUUAAUGUAGUGUAUAUGGCGACAGUAGCAAUGCAGCUGAAUAAAGUGACUCAAGCGCACUUUUUUACAAAAGAUCUUGUGCAUGAAACUAAGUUGCAUAGAAAGGCGCGUGCAAAGCGGUAUCCCCUUUUCACACAGAUUACCAUCGCUGGUUAGGAAACUUGUACUGUUAAUGGCUGACUGAAGCAGACCUUGCCUAGUAGUUUUCAGUCUAACACGGUCUUUCUAGUUAGACCGGGUAGUUAAAUACUGGGGGUAGUUAUAUACUGCUUUUAAGCACUGGACAAAAUGGGGACCCAGAGUUUGCACUUGCACUGUUGGAAAGGAGGUGAACACCAGCAUUGCUGAAAGACAUUUUAUUUUCUGAAUGCAACAGCAGAUAGUUUUAACAUUGACGCAGGAAAUGAAAGAACAUUUGUGAAAUCCAUUGUCUUCUCUCGGAUCAUGUAAAUGUGGUUAAAAUAAACACUGUGCAACUGAUUUGAAUGUAGGAAGCACUGCAGCAUUAAGACAAUAUGGUAAAACAAAACACGGGUGAGUGAGUUUUAACCAGAAUAUAUAUAGCAUUAGAUCAUCCUCUACCAGUAAAAAUGACUGCAGAAUGUAUCUUGUCUGGUUGGCUGUAGAUAUUGGCAAGUACCAGCAGGAAAAGGGGAUACUGACUAUUGCAUUCAAGUGUUUUUUUUUUUUUUUAUGUAUAUAAAGAAGAUAAAAUGCCUUUUUAUUUAUUCCUGACAGUUUCAAGCCACUGGGGACAAGAUCGUGUUUACAGAAGUAAUGUUUUGAAUAUGUUUCUAGCACUAUGCUGAAUUCCUACAUACAUAUUGUUUGGACUAAUAUAAUAAACAUGCUUUAUUGUACUGUAAUAAAAACAGAUGUAUAACAUAAUUCAUUCAUGACACACUGUAACUAAAGAUGGUCCAGUUUUCUUGAUUGCAAAUGAUUGCAAACAUCAGAACAGGGACAGUAUAAUAAACAUGAAAUGAAUUUUGAAGCUACAUACAGUACUCCCCUUUUUCUGUAGAGUUUUCUGUUUUGAGUUAUUUUUUCAUUUCUCUGUUGUAAACUAUUUGUGGUUAAAAUAAUUUGAGCUAUGUGUUGCUUAAUACUUUCAGUAAACUACGCCUGAUUGCCCUGCUGAAGUUUGCCUCUUGACCCUGUGUUACUGAUGGAUGAUUUACAGUUUAAAAACAAAAUGUACGGGGUUACCUGUAGAUUUUUAAACAGAAAUGUGGUUAGUUUGGGAGAAAAUACAUAGGAUACGUACUGUACAGCAAAAACAUUAACUAUUCUCCAGGGGUACAUCUGAAGGCAAUCUUUAGUAUACGAAUGCAACAUCUCCGAGAGAACUUUGAACAAGUGGACUGUGGUUUUUACACUCUAGUAGCUAUUCCAAUGACACUUUGCAUACUUCUAAUGAUAUUUUUAUUUAUAGCAAAGUUCUCUAUUAAAUUGUAUUUAAUAGUGACCAGCAAAGUGAUGAAGAAUAAGUUAAAUACUUUCUGCAGCAAUUUACAGAAUGUGCUUAGGUUUAUGUUUGUUUCCUGUUCAGUUGUGACAAUCUGAAUAAAUGUAUUGUUUUUA